AUGACUGAAUAUAAGCUCGUCGUCGUCGGUGCUGGCGGCGUGGGCAAAAGUGCAUUAACAAUUCAACUAAUUCAAAAUCAUUUUAUCGAUGAAUAUGAUCCAACAAUUGAGGAUUCAUAUCGAAAACAAGCUGUUGUUGAUGGUGAAACAUGUCUACUUGAUAUUCUUGAUACUGCUGGUCAAGAAGAAUACAGUGCUAUGCGUGAUCAAUACAUGCGUGGUGGUGAAGGUUUUCUAUGUGUAUUUGCUGUUAAUAGUGCAAAAUCAUUUGAAGAAAUAAAACAAUAUCGUGAACAGAUAAAACGUGUAAAAGAUGCUGAUGAUAUUCCAAUGGUUUUGGUGGGAAAUAAAAUUGAUUUACCAACACGUACAAUUGAUUUAUCCUAUGCAAAAGACUUUGCGGCAUCAUUAUCGAUGCCAUUUGUACAAACAUCAGCUAAAACUCGGCAAGGUGUUGAAGAAGCAUUUUAUACACUUGUUCGAGAAAUAAGAAAAUAUAAGGAACGUACACGUAAAGAUCGCAAAGGACGAAAAAAUAAAAAUGGUGGUAAUGGUACAAGUGGUAGUGGAAAUAAAUUUUCAUUAAAAGAUGGUCGAAGUCAAGGUGCAAAACGUAGUGGAAAACGAAUCUGUGUGCUCAUAAAUAUUUUUAAGCCGAAAAAGGACGAUGAAAAACCAGCACCUUAUUAUCGACUUGAAGAAGAAAAUCAAUAUUCUGACUUACAAUUUCAAGAGCCAGAGGUCAAAGUACCCAUUUACGCCAUUAUUUUAGCUAUUGCACUCUUUCUUAUCGGUUCUGUGAUGAUUAUACUAGGCUCGUUAAUGUUAACUCGUCGCAUAGAAACACAAUAUAGUGAUCGUACAUGGCCAUUAAUACUUGUGGGAACAUUAGUUUUUCUACCUGGUUUUUAUCAUUUACGUAUUGCUUAUUGGGCAUGGAAAGGAGAUCAAAAUUUCUCAUUUGCUGAUAUACCAGACCUUGAUUGGUUUUGA